AUGGCAAUGUCCACGGCAGAGCUCGUGGGGCAAAUGACCCAAGUCGACAUUUCGACAAUCCUCAACAGCGACAGGACGCUCAACGUUACCAAGGUCGAGGCCAUGGCCAAACUCCACAUCGGGUCGUACUUGAAUUCGCCGUUCGCCGGUGGCCCCGUCGGAUCCAAGGCCGGGUGGACGGCGACAGAGUGGCGCACGCUCCUCACGUCCAUCCAGUCGAUCCAUGCCAAGCACAGCAAACACCCGAUCCUGUACGGACUGGACUCGGUCCAUGGGGCCAAUUACGUGACCCACGCAGUCAUGUUUCCGCAGCAGAUCAACGCGGCCGCAUCCUUCAAUCGCGACCUGGUGACCGAGAUGGGCCAUGUGACCGGUCGCGACACGGAGGCGGCGGGAAUACCGUGGAUCUUUGGGCCGAUUCUUGACGUCCAGACGUCCAAGAUGUGGGCUCGCGCGUACGAGACGUUCGGCGAAGACCCGUACGUGGUGACAGAGCUCGGACGUGCCAUCGUCCACGGCCUCCAAGACAACAACACUGUCGCGGCAUGCUUCAAACACUUUAUCGGGUACGCGGCGACCCCCACGGGCCACGACCGAGACCCCGUCACGCUCUCCGACUACGACGUGCUCAACUACUACAUGCCGCCGUUCCAGGCGGCCAUCGACGCCGGCGCGCUCACGGGCAUGAUGAACUACGUGUCCGUGAACGGCAAGCCCAUGGGCGUCAACCACAAGUUACUCGUCAAGCUGCUUCGCCACGACUUGGCCUUCAAGGGCAUGCUAGUGACGGACUGGGCCGUCAUCAAUGACCUCCAUUCGUUCCACCAUGUCGCGGCCACCGACCAGGACGCGGUGCGCCAAGCGCUCACGCACACAUCCAUCGACAUGAGCAUGGUCGCGUCCGAUACGCUCUUCAUCAACCACACUCUCGCGUUGCUGGAGACCAAGCAGCUCCACGUCGGUCGGCUGCGGGAAUCUGUCCAGCGAAUCACGGCGCUCAAGCUGCGGCUUCAUCUGUACGACGCGCCCGUGCCGGGCCAAGCGAACGUGGCGUCGGUAGGCGACCGAGCGAGUCAGGACCUCGCGUACAAGCUCGCAACCGAGUCGCUCGUGCUCCUCAAGAAUGCCAACUCGACGCUGCCGAUUGCGCAUUGGACCUCGAGCAUCUUCCUCACGGGCCCGUCGAUCGCCAGCAUUGGUCACCUCUGCGGGGGCUGGAGCCUCGCGUGGCAGGGCGUGUCGGGGCCGAACACGAACGCUUUGUUUCCCCACGGACAGACUGUGCAAGACGCACUGCGAGUCACGUGUCCGACCUGCGCCAUCGAAGCCAUGCCGGGUGUCGACGUCGACGGCACGUACUCGAAGGACGUGCUCGAAGAUGCCGUCAAGAAGGCGGCGCGAGCCGACUACACCAUCGUCGUGUUGGGCGAAGGGCCGUACGCCGAGAAGCCUGGCGACAUCAACGACCUGGAGCUGCCUCGAGGCCAACAAGAGUACGUGCGUGCACUGGCAGCGACAGGAACCAAGGUCGUGUUGGUGCUUGUGCAAGGCCGUCCUCGGUUGCUGCGAGGUCUUCCCGACGUCGCCCAUGCCGUGGUGAAUGCGAUGCUGCCAUGUGAGCUGGGAGGUCGCGCCAUUGCCGACGUCCUCUUGGGCAAGGUGGUCCCGAGUGGGAAGCUGCCGUUUACCUACACCUCGUUCGAGUACUCGAAUAUGACGAUGGCAAUAUCGAACACGUCGAAUGCGAUCGAGGUAGCCGUGACCGUGCGCAAUGCGGGUGCCGUGGAUGGCCAAGAAGUCGUGUUGUUGUUCGUCCGGCAGGAUUAUCGUGAAGGCGACGUGCCCGAGGCGAAGCGACUGAUCAAGUUUGAUAAAAUUCACCUGGGUCCUGGCGACGUCCAAGUCGUGCGAUUCCAAGUGCUCGAAAGCGAUCUUGGAAUUUUUGCAGACACCAUUGGCCGGGGCUUGCGACAAGUAGUCACAGAUGGCAGCUACACGCUCAUGUUCAAAGCAGAUACAGACUGCACGGCCUCGUCCGCGAAUCGCUCCCUCUGCUCAACGUUUGUCAGCAAGACAGUGGUAGCGCCCAAGUGGGGGCCAACUGCAGCGACGUAA